AUGGCCGAACAGCAACUAGGAGUGCUAAAGGCACUCGAUGUUGCGAAAACGCAACUUUACCAUUUUACGGCGAUUGUCAUCGCCGGUAUGGGUUUCUUUACUGAUGCCUACGAUCUUUUCUGUGUCUCUCUCGUGACCAAGCUCCUUGGCCGCCUCUACUACUUCAAUCCGGCCUCAGAGAAGCCUGGCACACUUCCCCCUCAUGUUGCAGCUGCGGUCAACGGUGUGGCUCUCUGCGGGACCCUUGCUGGUCAGCUUUUCUUCGGAUGGCUCGGUGACAAGCUCGGAAGGAAGAAAGUGUACGGUAUCACUUUGAUCAUGAUGAUUGUGUGUUCCGUCGCUUCCGGUCUCUCCUUCGGUAGCAAAGCCAAGGGAGUCAUGACCACUCUUUGCUUCUUCAGGUACAAGUUUCAUCCAAUUAUUAAUGCAUCAUAUAUAUACACAUGA